GCCUACUGCCAAUCAAUAGGCCCAUCGCCUGUCUGUAUCUCUUCUACCGGCACGCGCGCUGCUGCGCCCGAGAUCCGCCUGUCUGUCCGUCCCGUCUAUGGGUGAAAUUUUCACCGCUAUCGCAUUAUACCGCGUCUUCGUUGAAUAAUUCACAGCAGUUUCAACGCUUUUCAGCAGUUCCUUUGUUAAGAUUUUCGACAUCCAGUGGUGCUCCCAUUCUUCUGCUUUGAGCAUUACUUCCAUUUCCGAAUACCAGUUGUUAGUUGGAUCAUACAAUAAUGCGUGCAACACUCCUCGACUUAGCCGUCUCGCGUGCCGAAGCUUCGCCUUGACCCGUUGUGUGUCUGUGUGCCGCUUGUCGCUGGACUGCGGCAGCUCAGCUGAUCGUGAGUGCCCUGUCUGGAUUACCGACACGUGCAAGGUCAGAGGCGAUGUCAAAGCUAAAGUACCGGCCUUACACCAACGACCCCCUCUGCUUGGCUCUGGUAACGAAAUCAAACGCCCAGUUUUUGGCUGAUAUUCAACGCCUUUUCCGUCAUAAGAGCAGGCCUACGUGCAGUUUCCUGCCACCUUGUCUUUCUGGUCGUCCGGUCGACUUACGGGCUCUGUACAAUGAAGUUGCAAUACGGGGUGGACACAAGCACGUCACCGCCUCUCGCGGAUGGUCGGAGGUGUAUGCGGCUCUCGGGCUACCUCAGGGGUGUGUCGAGUCUGGUCAUGGCCUGAGAACAAUUUAUCAACGUUACCUAGAAUCGUUCGAGCGUAAUCAACGGAUGGCUUCCAAAAUCUUUGUGUCCGACGACCUUGAAUCAUCUUGCCUUGAUGCUGACUCUCAGGAUGCGGACACUUACUCACGACAUGUAAAGUCUACCGGAUUGGACAUCCUAACCUGCGAUGAGAUACCAAAUCACUUACGUGAAACUUGGAGUUUGAGUACGGAUGUGCUUGAUCACGUUGAAUGCCAAAGUCUGGAGAACUCUUUGCGGUCACGCUUGCCCAAUGAGCUCGAUUUCGCCUUAAACUCCAUGCUGCUUAUGUCAUCUCAACCCAAUGGGUUCGCCCUCCACAGAAAUUACCGCCUCUUGUCACUAGUACUCAGUUCUGUUGGUGUUUCCGAGUCAACACCGCACUGUGCGCAGGCAUUGGAAUUCCAUUCGUACAAACGGUUCGCCAAUUUUUGGAAUGCGAAUGUACUCGAUGCGCAUGGCCGGCUAUUCCUCUCCCCGGGUGUCUUUUGUCACGGUGAGUGCAUUAUUUGGUCACAGUCACGGUUGUUCUCAUCGAGCUCUUUCGAUGUGUUUACGCCGCCCAGUAAUUAU